UUAAACAGCCAUCACUAACACAGAGAGGCUGCUGCCAACAUACUGACUCAAAUCUCCAGCCACUUAAAGAAAUGGAUCACUAGUCUCUUUAAAUAAUGUCACUUUAAUAAUGUUUACAUAUCUUACAUUACUCAUCUCACAUGUAUAUACUGUAUUUUAUACCAUCUACUGCAUCUUGCCUGUGCCGUUCGGUCAUCCAUAUAUUUAUAUGUACAUAUUCUUAUUCCAUCCCUCAAUAUUAUAAUAUAUGCCAUUUAGCAGACGCUUUUAUAUUUGUGUGUAUUAGGUAGUUGUUGUGGAAUUGUUAGAUUACUUGUUGGUUAUUACUGCACUGUCGGAACUAGAAGCAGAAGCAUUUUGCUUCACUCACAUUAACAUCUGCGAACCAUGUGUAUAAAAUGUGAUUUGAUUUAACCUGAGCCACGGUACAUCCGGCUAUGACCGGCCACCCCAUUCAAUACCAAUCAAUCGAUAUAAUCGAGAACUAUGGCUGUUCAGUUGUCGUUUUUUUUGUUGUCUUUUUCAUGUUACUUUUUUCACUGUCUGAUUCAUGUCGCGUAGUUUCUGAUGAUCGUUCUCGAUGAUAUCGACUGAUUGGUUGUGUAUGGGUUGGGCCCGUAACCCUUCUCAACCCAAACAGCGUCUGUGAAGCUGCAGUACCGCCAGUCCCCUCCGUGUUCAUGGGAUGGCGUGCUUUCCAACCGGAACCCUGGCCUCUUGCGGUUUCACUCAUGCUACACAGAAAUGGCGGAGAAUACAGUCACGGUCACUGUUGCUUACGGUUCUACGAAGCACAGCAUCACGGUAACGGGGCUGGACGGGAACGAACCGAUACUGAAGGACCUUUCUGAUGCUCUGGUUCAGGUUACCGGGGUCCCGAUGCCUGCACAGAAACUCAUCUUUAAGGGUAGAGUAACAAAUCAAAAUGUUAUGUCACAUGCUCUGUAAACAACAGGUGUAGACUAACAGUCAAAUGCUGACUGAUGGGUCCUUGGUAAACAACAGGUGUAGACUAACAGUGAAAUGCUGACUGAUGGGUCCUUGGUAAACAACAGGUGUAGACUAACAGUGAAAUGCUGACUGAUGGGUCCUUGGUAAACAACAGGUGUAGACUAACAGUGAAAUGCUGACUGAUGGGUCCUUGGUAAACAACAGGUGUAGACUAACAGUGAAAUGCUGACUGAUGGGUCCUUGGUAAACAACAGGUGUAGACUAACAGUGAAAUGCUGACUGAUGGGUCCUUGGUAAACAACAGGUGUAGACUAACAGUAAAAUGCUGACUGAUGGGUCCUUGGUAAACAACAGGUGUAGACUAACAGUGAAAUGCUGACUGAUGGGUCCUUGGUAAACAACAGGUGUAGACUAACAGUGAAAUGCUGACUGAUGGGUCCUUGGUAAACAACAGGUGUAGACUAACAGUGAAAUGCUGACUGACUGGGUCCUUGGUAAACAACAGGUGUAGACUAACAGUGAAAUGCUGACUGAUGGGUCCUUGGUAAACAACAGGUGUAGACUAACAGUAAAAUGCUUGGUAAACAACAGGUGUAGACUAACAGUGAAAUGCUGACUGACUGGGUCCUUGGUAAACAACAGGUGUAGACUAACAGUGAAAUGCUGACUGAUGGGUCCUUGGUAAACAACAGGUGUAGACUAACAGUAAAAUGCUUGGUAAACAACAGGUGUAGACUAACAGUGAAAUGCUGACUGAUGGGUCCUUGGUAAACAACAGGUGUAGACUAACAGUGAAAUGCUGACUGACUGGGUCCUUGGUAAACAACAGGUGUAGACUAACAGUGAAAUGCUGACUGAUGGGUCCUUGGUAAACAACAGGUGUAGACUAACAGUAAAAUGCUUGGUAAACAACAGGUGUAGACUAACAGUGAAAUGCUCUAACCACAGGGUAGCUGGUUCAGCCUCUGCCAAGAGGUCUGGACUGUAUGGCACAGGGUGUAGUAUAUUGCACUCACCUCUAACCACAGGGUAGCUGGUUCAGCCUCUGCCAAGAGGACUGGACUGUAUGGCACAGGGUGUAGUAUAUUGAACUCACCUCUAACCACAGGGUAGCUGGUUCAGCCUCUGCCAAGAGGACUGGACUGUAUGGCACAGGGUGUAGUAUAUUGCACUCACCUCUAACCACAGGGUAGCUGGUUCAAGCCCCAAAAUGAUGCUGUCCUGUUGUUUCAGGGAAGUCACUGAAGGAGAUGGAGGAGAGUCUGUCCAGCUUUGGAAUCAAACAGGGAUGUAAACUCAUGAUGAUUGGAAAGAGGAACAGCCCAGAGGAGGAGUCUGAGCUGAAGAAGUUGAAGGACAUUGAGAAGUCAGUAGAACAGACGGCUAAGAAACUGGAGAAGGUGGAUGGAGAGCUGACAGGCCUGAAGAAUGGGUUCCUAGCUAAAGACCUGCAGGCUGAGGCGCUGGGGAGACUGGACCAAAGAGUGAAGGUGGCAUCUGAACAGUUCAUGAAGAUUGUAGAGCAGGUGGACUCUAUGACUUUACCAGAGAACUUUGGUGACUGUCGGAUGAAGAAAAAGGGUCUAAUAAAAACAGUUCAGGGAUUCCUGGCUCAGUGUGACAAGAUUGAAGCAGGGAUUCUAGACCACUUGGCUAAGAUCCAGUCUAAGAACCUGGCCCUGGCAGAUUCUUAGAUCUACUAGUUCACAGAGAUCUACUGGGUCACCAUCUGGGAUCUGCUGUCAUGUCCAUCUCCACGCUGCUCCACAUCUGUCUCUGUCCCUGGUCUCCACGCUGCUCCACAUCUCUGCCCUGGUCUCCACGCUGCUCCACAUCUCUGUCUCUGUCCCUGGUCUCCACGCUGCUCCACAUCUCUGUCCCUGGUCUCCACGCUGCUCCACAUCUCUGUCUCUGCCCUGUUCUCCACGCUGCUCCACAUCUCUGUCUCUGCCCUGGUCUCCACGCUGCUCCACAUCUCUGUCUCUGUCCCUGGUCUCCAUGCUGCUCCACAUCUCUGUCUCUGCCCUGGUCUCCACGCUGCUCCACAUCUCUGUCUCUGCCCUGGUCUCCACGCUGCUCCACAUCUCUGUCUCUGCCCUGGUCUCCACGCUGCUCCACAUCUCUGUCUCUGCCCUGGUCUCCACGCUGCUCCACAUCUCUGUCUCUGUCCCUGGUCUCCACGCUGCUCCACAUCUCUGUCUCUGUCCCUGGUCUCCACGCUGCUCCACAUCUCUGUCUCUGCCCUGGUCUCCACGCUGCUCCACAUCUCUGUCUCUGCCCUGGUCUCCACGCUGCUCCACAUCUCUGUCCCUGGUCUCCACGCUGCUCCACAUCUCUGUCUCUGCCCUGUUCUCCACGCUGCUCCACAUCUCUGUCUCUGCCCUGGUCUCCACGCUGCUCCACAUCUCUGUCCCUGGUCUCCACGCUGCUCCACAUCUCUGUCCCUGCCCUGUUCUCCACGCUGCUCCACAUCUCUGUCUCUGCCCUGGUCUCCACGCUGCUCCACCUCUCUGUCCCUGGUCUCCACGCUGUUCCACCUCUCUGUCUCUGCCCUGGUCUCCACUGAGUCACCAUCUGGGAUCUGGGGAUUUGAUUUCGAUGACCUUUUGAUAGCACCCCUUUCAAUUUGAACAAAACCUUCCAUACGUAGUGACCCAUUGUAGAAGAGGUCAGAAAGUGACCUUCGGGACCUGAAUGCCAAAACAUCGAAGACAUAAAGGUGCUCAAGGUUGACCUAGUAGAAUGUAUGACACCCAUUCUGUGUCUCAACCGAUGGACAACACAACCUCAGAUGAUGUGAAAUGGGGUCUAAGCUACAAAAUGCAGAUAUGAAAAAGAGUUUACACUUUGUUAAUUUAUGUUAAAGCAUUAAAUAAUGUCCACAUUUUUAUUAAAACAUAUUUUUUUCAAGAAAUGAUUAAAUCGUAUGAUAACCCUGUUUGUAAGCUCUUAAAUGAUAUCAAUCUCAACCAUACAUUUUUUCCAGUGAUGUCUCGUGGUAUGGUGGGGUAUGCAAAACGGGUCGACUUUGAGGACCUUUAUGUCCUGAAUGUUUUGGCAUUCAGGUCCCAAACGUCACUUCCUGACUUCUUCUUCGAUGGGCGGAAAGUUGUGUUUAAAUCAAAAGGGCUGUCAAAAAGUGAUUGGCCUGUAGCAGCUCGAGGACACCUCUAGUAGAGUCAUCUCUCUCCAGGCCUGUAGCAGCUCGAGGACACCUCUAGUAGAGUCAUCUCUCUCCAGGCCUGUAGCAGCUCGAGGACACCUCUAGUAGAGUCAUCUCUCUCCAGGCCUGUAGCAGCUCGAGGACACCUCUAGUGGAGUCAUCUCUCUCCAGGCCUGUAGCAGCUCGAGGACACCUCUAGUGGAGUCAUCUCUCUCCAGGCCUGUAGCAGCUCGAGGACACCUCUAGUAGAGUCAUCUCUCUCCAGGCCUGUAGCAGCUCGAGGACACCUCUAGUAGAGUCAUCUCUCUCCAGGCCUGUAGCAGCUCGAGGACACCUCUAGUAGAGUCAUCUCUCUCCAGGCCUGUAGCACCUCGAGGACACCUCUAGUAGAGUCAUCUCUCUCCAGGCCUGUAGCAGCUCGAGGACACCUCUAGUGGAGUCAUCUCUCUCCAGGCCUGUAGCACCUCGAGGACACCUCUAGUAGAGUCAUCUCUCUCCAGGCCUGUAGCAGCUCGAGGACACCUCUAGUAGAGUCAUCUCUCUCCAGGCCUGUAGCAGCUCGAGGACACCUCUAGUAGAGUCAUCUCUCUCCAGGCCUGUAGCAGCUCGAGGACACCUCUAGUAGAGUCAUCUCUCUCCAGGCCUGUAGCAGCUCGAGGACACCUCUAGUAGAGUCAUCUCUCUCCAGGCCUGUAAGCAGCUCGAGGACACCUCUAGUAGAGUCAUCUCUCUCCAGGCCUGUAGCAGCUCGAGGACACCUCUAGUGGAGUCAUCUCUCUCCAGGCCUGUAGCAACUCGAGGACACCUCUAGUAGAGUCAUCUCUCUCCAGACCUGUAGCAGCUCGAGGACACCUCUAGUGGAGUCAUCUCUCUCCAGGCCUGUAGCAGCUCGAGGACACCUCUAGUGGAGUCAUCUCUCUCCAGGCCUGUAGCAGCUCGAGGACACCUCUAGUGGAACCCUAUUCAAACGUAGUGCUUUAGUUUGGGACAGAGACCUAUGUGGGAGCCCUAUCAGGCCAAAGCAAGGACACUUAAAUAAGGAGUGACAUUUAUGAGCUGUUCUAAUGUAUUUAUUUAGCAUGGCAACAUGCAGCAGAGUACCCUUAUACUGAGCCCUCCGUGUGUGUGCUGGGGUAGAGAAGACAACACUGACUGCUGCAGCCUUUGGUCCCCAGGGACUUAAGAAAAGGGUGCUGUGUAUGUAGGAUAUUUUAACAAAAGUAAAAGAACCAAAAAUGAAAUAAUCCUUCAGACUUUGAAAAUGUGUGGUGUUUGCUGAUACGUGUCGCUAUCACAAAGAGACUGCUGAUAUUGAGCUGGUGACUGAUUCUGUACUGCUUUCUAGUGACAGGAUGUGAUGUCACUAAUGGUCAGUCUGACCAGUGACAGGAUGUGAUGUUACUAAUGGUCAGUCUGACCAGUGACAGGAUGUGAUGUCACUAAUGGUCAGUCUGACCAGUGACAGGAUGUGAUGUCACUAAUGGUCAGUCUGACCAGUGACAGGAUGUGAUGUCACUAAUGGUCAGUCUGACCAGUGACAGGAUGUGAUGUCACUAAUGGUCAGUCGGACCAGUGACAGGAUGUGAUGCUGACUGCCUAGUGGAACCAUGUUAUAGUGUGUCGUUUCACAUAAAAAGCUGUUGUGAUUUAAA